UAAAAAGUCAACUUAUCGUGCGCUCACGAUCAUUUUUGCUAUCAACGCGCACUGGUUAAGUUCGUAGAAAGGACGGUGAAAAGUUAAGAAAGCGGGUAAAAAGGUUAAAGUAGGUAAAAAGUUAAAAGUAAAAAAAGUGAUAUUUUAAAAGUACAACGCAUUAAAAAAAAAAAUAUACAUAAAUUGAUGAAUGCGGAUCAGUGUUUGACAAGUGAAUAUUGAAAAAUAUAAUAUCAAUAAAAAACAGUGUUUUUUAAUAUCGUGUUCCAAAGUGAUUCCAUGCAUGAGUUAUCACACGAAAAUGGCGCCAAAUCAUCAUCCGCAUCAUUUUAUGUUGCACGGCUUACCGCUGGAGCCAGUCUCACGCACAUACCAAUAUCGCAAAAUCAUGAAACCGAUGCUGGAGCGUAAGCGGCGUGCACGCAUCAAUAAAUGUUUGGAUGAAUUGAAGGAUUUAAUGACCAGCACUUUGCAAGCGGAUGGCGAAAAUCUCUCCAAACUAGAGAAAGCUGACAUUUUGGAGCUCACAGUGCGACAUCUACAUCGGUUACGCGAGACAAACGGACUCUUUGUACGCCAUAGCGACACAUUGAAUAUGGAGAAAUUCUGGGCCGGCUUUCAGCACUGCGCCGUGGAAGUCUCACAUUUCCUGCAAAAAUACGAUCAACAAAACAAGCAUGCAAAUGGCGAUUUAAUUAAAUAUAUUGCGAGUUAUGUGCCAAAUAUGGCAGCGGCAGUAGCUGCCGCCGCGGCCACGGCCAAUGCAACAACCACUUCGGCAACCGCACACAUGCCGCAGCCAGUUGCGGGUAUACCAACCGUCGGCUGCCGCCUGACCAAUAACCUAAAUGAGCAUUACCAAAAAUUCGGCACAGCGCUGCGCCAGCAUCCAGCGGAAGCUGCCACGGCAUUAAGCAAAAUAGCAGCGACCACAGCAGUGGCACCACAGUCACUACUAGAAGCGACGGCUGCACACAACCGGCACCAACAAAUGCAAAUAUCCGCUUCGGCGGUUUCCAACUUUGAACGGAUUUGGGAGGCGGCAGCGCGUGCGUCAGCCAACGGCAAGCAGCGAAUGCAUCCCUACACCCGCAGGGCAUUGCAUAAUCACAGCAAUAAUGUUGGUGGCGCUGCUGCCAUGACAGACGAGGAGAGUGAUGAGGGCGGCGAUUGUGGCGAUGUAGAUUUUCCAGCGAGCGACGGCCUUGUUUGGCGACCUUGGUGAUGCUUGUGAAUGUGCGAUGUGUGCGCAACAACAAUUUGCUUUCGGUCUCGGUCGCAGCAUGUUGUAAGCGGUUAAUUUUACCUUUUACCAUUUAAUCAGCGCAUGCUUAAUGGCAUGUAAUGCCCCCAAAGUCUGUAUAUAUGUAUAUGAGGUCGUGGAUGAGCGCGAGUAUUUCAAAGGACCACAGCAGCGAAGUUCUAUAUUUGUAUAUUCAAAUUUGUUGUGUAACAACUGCAUGGUUAAAGCUUUAUUUAUUUAUAUGUGGUAUGCUGCAUACACACACACACAUAGGAGUGCGUGCGAAUAAUUCCAGUUAAUAUAUAUUAUUAAUAAUGAUAAUGUUUAGCAGCUGUAUACAAACACAAAUACAAAUCUAAUAAAUGCAUACAC